AUGCCGCACAGAGGAAUCCGCACUCUCGCCGCCCAUCCUCCCUGCCUCCUCCAUUCUCGACGCAACACACCCAACACGCAGCAGUCCCAGCAAGACACCGAGUCCACCCAAGCACUCUCACCGACCAUGCCAUUUUUAUCCUCCGCCAAGCAAGGUGAGCCUGGGAGCGCCCAGAAACAGGGCCAGAAAGGCACCGAGCAUUCAGAUGCAUCCAACUUCUUCCUCAACAAGACUUCAGAUGACGCCGCUGGUGGUGAGGAGACCCCGGCGGACGAGCCUGCCAGUCCUAGUAAGAAGUCGAAGCGCGGUGAAGCAAAAGUCAGCGCAACGACUGAGACUGCCCCACGACGUGCCAGUGCUCGACAAGCCUCCAAGGCUACGGAAGUAGAGUUAGCUCCUCCCGCUGCUGCUCGAGGACGCAGCGGUAUCGCUAGUGCAUCUGCAUCGACAACACGCAAGCAGAAGGGGCCCAAGGCUGAUGUACAAGACAGCAACGAUGUCGACGCUCCCGCAGGUGAUGACGUGGAGAUGUCGGCCAAGCAGGACGAGGAGCUUGGCGAGGCACCGACAGAGUCCUAUAUUGCUGCACGCGCUGAAGCUACAGAUGACUUCCAAUCGACCAUUCAGCCUCCUCUCUCUCAACUCGCCAAGCAGUUGCGUAAGCAGAGGGUCGGCGGCAACAAGCGCAAACGAAAGGGUGGUCGUAAGACAAGUGAAGGCGCCGCUUCUGCAUCGGACGAUAGUGAUGCAGACCCAGACGCAGUCGUUGACAAUGGCGUUGAUGACGAUGAUGAAGAAAUGGAAGAGAAGAAAGUCAAGACCAAAGCGCCACGUAAGCGCGGACCUGCCAAACCGCGUGUUGAUGCUGAUGGCUACCCACUCAAGCGUGCCAAGCGAACGCAGAAUGGUAAGCCUAUGCGUGUGAUUUCUCGCAAGGGUGAAGGGAAGCAACGCCCUCUCGUGAAGCAAGAUGGUACGCCUGCUGUUGUCGAUACGCCCAAGCACAAGAAAGUGGAGGCAAAAUGCUACGAAUGCAAUGAAGUGCAGACUUCAAACUUUAGGCCCAUCGUGUCUGACUACGUUGGCAAGAAAUCCAAGGCUGUCGACCAGAUUCCUCGCGUCGUCGUCUGCAACCGAUGCUACUGCAAGAUGGCUCCUCGACCCGAAUACCUCAAUUGGCGUCUUGGCCUGUUGCGUACACAGGUUGAAAUCUUUGCACAGCAUGGCAUUCAGUACUUCCUGUGCGUUCGAUUCGACAUGGAGUCUCAGAAGGAUCUCGAGGCUACCCUGGAGUUCAUCGAGUACGUGCGGGAUGCCCUGCGAGCUGGCGAAGAGAUUGGUGGGCUCAAGGUGAAGCCAGUGUUGCCAAAUGUUAGCCACAACAACACGCCCCGUCGCCAUCACUCGCCUGACAUGCAGCAGGCCGCCAUGAUGCACCACCACCAGCAGCAGCAGCAGCAGCAUCACCAUCAGCAACACCAGCAGCAACACCACCACCAACUUCACCAUCUCCAGCAACAGCAGCAGAUCCACCCAGAAUUGCAGCAUGGCUUACACAACUUGCAGCAGAUGGCCAACCAGCCCCACAUGCCUCAAUUGAUGGGUGGUAUGACGGAGAGCGAUGCAGAGAUGGCUUUGCGCCAGAUGCAGCAUGGUGGACACAUCCCUGUGCCCGAACCCAUCUUGGAGAUGUGAGUGGCGUGUUUCGGGGUCCGUUGUCUAUAUCUUUAUGCAAAGAAAGUAUCGUUCCAUGCUCGCCA